GGGCCUUGGCACAAUGCUUUGAUCAGGAAAAACAAAGUUGAUAAUCAGAUGGGUUAAUUUACUGAUGGAUUUUUAGGGUGGUUGGGAGAUAAAAAUGUCAAAAAUAACAAAACGAAAACACGUAACAAAGCUUCAAGAGAAUCUGAGUAUUCCCUUGGAGUCGCAAUCUAUAGUACGACUUGUCGAGCCGCGGGGUAAUAAUCUUCAUGAAGUGAGUGACAGUACAGGCGAACAAUUUCUCGUUUCAAUGCCGAGUAUCUUUCGAAAGAAUGUUUAUGUAAAGCGGGGUGACUUUCUUCUCGUAGAACCGAUACCCGAGGGUGACAAAGUCAAGGCUGAAAUCAUUAAAGUUCUCACUGAGAAGCACAUUAAGUUCUACCGAGCGCAAAACGUUUGGCCAAAGGAGUUCGAUAAGGAGGAACCGGAAAAUAAAGCACCUGUAAAUAAAUCCAGUGAUCAAGAUGAUGAUCUUUUUAUAAAUACAAACCGUUGCAAUCAGUUCAGUAAUGUUGACAGUGAUAGUUCCAGUGAUACUGAUUCAGAUUAAUUUUUAAUUAAUAAAAUUCAAUAGUUAAUAUAAGAAGAAAUUUCAAUAAAAAAUUGUUCAAUAAA